CGUGUCGUCGUACGGGAGUAAGACAUGCCACAGUUAAAAUAAACAUGUGAGCAGAGUAGUAACAGAAAAAUACACAGAUGGAGAACUACAGUAAAGCUCGGACCGUGGAGCGGCCCUCCGUCUGUCCAUUCUCUGGCCUCCCUGCCGACACGCCGGAGGUCCGCGUCAAAGAUGGCAGCAAGAUCCGCAACUUGCUGCGCUUCGCUCUGAGCCGUAUGGAGGCCAAACCGAGAGCAGCCGAGGAGGAGGAGGAGGAGGAAGGUGGCGAGGAGGGGCGGCAGGAGGCGGUGGGCCGGCCACUCUGCAAACACCUCGUCUUCACUGCCAGCGGGAAGAGCGUGUCCAAGGCCAUCACCUGCGCUGAGAUUGUGAAGCGGCGUCUGAAGGGGCUCCACCAGCUCACCAGGCUGCUGUACGGCACUGUGGACGAGGUGUGGGAGCCGCUGGAGCCCGCCGCUGGUCUCGACAGCCUCACCGUAAGCAGGAACCUGCCCAGCAUCUGGAUCCUGCUCUCCAGAGAGCCGCUGGACAGCAGCCAGUCGGGAUACCAGGCACCAGGCCGCUACGAUGCCCUGUGGGCUCAGAGCUCCAGCAGGGACGAGGGCGGAGGGUUCACCGGACAGAGACCCGGCCACAGGAGGAAGAGAGGCGGCGGCGGUGGUGGUGGCAGCAGCGGCGGCAGAGGGAAGGGACCCGGACGUCAGAGUGGACGGUCCAGAGAGCCGCUGAAAGGACAGAACUGAUUUUUUUUUAAAGUGCAUCAACAUGCAGAGACUCUGUGACAGUGAGAUGACUUUUAAAGGAUUUAUACAUUUCAAACAGAUUUAUAAAUCCAUCAUUAGAAAUGUUUUUGUUAAGCUGGUUUUUACUGAACUGUCGUCUGCAGACAUGUGGAAUCUGACCACAUGUUUUUUUGUCUACAGUACAAACAGGUUUUGUGGCCUGAAGUCUGAGUUCUGAAAAUGUGCUUUUGAAAUGAGUAAAUUAAAGACAUUUUGUUGGUUUCACUCUGA